AUGGAGAAUAUUGCUCGAAUGCUGCUGGAUUUGGGAAUUGCCCUAGAGCAUUUCCACUGUGAAUCAGCACCCGGACAAUGGGAGUUUGUUCUCCCGCCAGCCACACCUGUCCAAGCUGUCGAUACCCUCCUAAAAGCACGUGAUACUAUUCUUGCGGUGGCACGAUCUUUUGGCGUGCUUGCGACACUCCAUCCACGAGUAUCCAAAGAUCAUUCCGGCACAGGUGCACAUGUUCAUAUUUCUAUCAAUCCAAUUGGAAACUGCAGCAUGGCAAGAUCGGAAACCUUUUUUGCGGGCAUAAUAGACCAUAUGCCAUCGAUUCUGGCUUUCACACUUCCUCAGGAGGUGAGCUACGAGCGUGUUCAGGCUGGGCUCUGGAGUGGCGGCGAAUAUGCCUGCUGGGGGUGGGAAAACAAGGACACACCGAUGCGCCGUGUUGCUGAAAACCACUUUGAGUUCAAACUCAUGGAUGGACUUGCAAACCCGUAUCUUGCUUUAACUGCGCUGCUUUCCAGCGGUCUGGAUGGUCUUUCAAAUAACACGCAUCUUACGGCCGGCAAUUGCGAUAAGGCACCCACGGAUAUGACUCUGGAAGAAAGAGUUGUUGUCGGAGUGGAAACGUUGCUACCUAAGACGAUCGAGGACAGUCUAGCUGCAUUGGGGAGAAAUGAAAGACUUGCGGGGUUUAUUGGAGAAACAUUGGUGUCUCAAUACGCGGCAGUAAAGCGGUCCGAGGCUCAAUUUCUCUUGAAGAUGCCUGUGGAGGAAAGAAGACGAUGGUUGAUCUCCAAAUACUGA